AUGGCUUCUGCUACGGGUAUUCCAGAGCGAAAUCCCGCCGUUGAAGAGGAGGAGCCCCUCUUGGGACGACCAGGAGAUGUCACACAACGGCCAGGCCAGGGAAUGCAAUUCAAUCUUGUGACGGGAACAGCUAUCCUCGCCCAAGUAGGCGUCGUCAUCCUGACCGCCCUGGUUUGGGCUGCAGUGUUCACAAACACGUUUAUAUUCUUCUCCUACCACCCUCUGCUCAACUCCUUGGCCGUCCUCCUGCUCGUUCAAGGCGUGCUGGUCCUCCAACCCACGGCAGCUCCAAGGGACAAAAUUACAGCCACAUAUGUACAUUCAGCAAUCAAUACGUCGGCAGUGGCAUUGCUCAUUGCCGGCUUGGUCAUUAUCGAGAUGAACAAAGCCUCACACCCAGAGACCCGGUUCCAGAGUAUCCACGGGAAGAUGGCAUUGGUGGCUUACAUACUCAUCUUCCUGCAAUGGCUCAUUGGAGCUGCUGCAUUCUACCUGCCCGAGACGCUGUUUGGCACUGUCGAUCGGGCCAAGUCGUUGUAUAAAUACCACCGAAUGUCGGGCUACAUCCUCGCCGUCUAUUUUCUGGCUGUCAUUGCAGCAGCCACCCAGACCACCUACAACAAGAAAGUGUUGCACAUCAAGCUGUGGGCGGUUAUUGUGGCAAGCGUUUUAGUGCUUGUGGGUGUGAUACCGCGAAUUAAAAAGCACAAGCUUGGAUUGUGA